AUGAGGAUACGAUGUGCAUUUGUCCCAAAUGUUCUUGAUCUUACAGUUGAUAAACCAUGUUCAAGUCUAUCUCAACGCUUUCCGAAAGUCAAUACGCUCACAGUUUUAUGCAAAUGUGAGUUUAGUUCUGGUAGUGUUCCUCAACUUCGUCAUCUUAAAACUAGAAAUAUAGAAGUUGUUUCAAUAAUUGGACAACACAUUCAUACAUUGACAUUAAUUGAAAAGUCUGGAUGUUCUACGCAUUCGACUAUUUAUCCAAAUAUACGUCAUUUAACUCUUGACAAUAUUCAAAUAUCUUCAUUGCAAACCAUUAUGUUUCUCGUACGAUAUUUUCCAAAUCUUCGUUCACUAAAAAUUCAAUUUACAAUGAGCAAAGAAUAUUUUGAUAGUCUCGAUGUAUUACUUGAUAAUCAACAUCUUUCUCAUCUCAUGCUACUUAAAACAAACUGGAUCGAUAGAAAUAAUAAUGUAAAGCCCGAUAUCAAUUCCUGGAUUAUUGAAAAAACAAUAUUAAAAUGGCGAUCGAAAACCAUUUGUGGCUUUUCAUGA